AUGGCCACCGUGUUCUUACUGCCCUGGGCAUGCUUGCUGAGCCUGGCCCUGGUGGCUCGAAGCACGGCAGACGGGGGCCCAGUUCUCGGGGACCGCCCCUUUGUCACAGUGUGGAACGCCCCGAGCCAGGAGUGCAGCACGAAAUAUCAUGUGCCCCUUGACCUGGGGGUCUUUGACGUGGUGCUGAACCGCAACGAGUCCUUCCUGGGCCAGGAGAUCGCCCUCUUCUACAGCAACACACUGGGCCUCUAUCCACACUACACCCCGGAGGGGACGGAGGCCCACGGGGGUGUCCCCCAGAAUGGUAGCCUCCAGGCCCACCUCAGCAAGGUGCGGCACGACAUCCAGGCCACCAUCUUGGAGCCAGGCUUCCGGGGCCUGGCAGUGAUCGACUGGGAGAGCUGGCGCCCCGUGUGGGCUCGGAACUGGGAUGCCAUGGAGCUCUAUAAGGAGAAGUCCCAAGAGCUGGUCCAGGAGCGGCACCCCGACUGGCCCCCAGACAGGGUGGCCGAGGAAGCUCAGGAGGAAUUUGAGCAAAGCGCUCGGGCCUUCAUGGAGCAGACCCUGGUGCUUGGCAAGAGCCUGCGGCCUGAGGGCUUCUGGGGUUUCUAUGGCUUCCCCAGCUGCUAUAACUAUGAUUUCAAAGCGGCCAACUACACAGGGGAGUGUCCCGCCAUAGAGCAGCGGCGGAACGAGCAGCUCUGGUGGCUCUGGAACCAAAGCCGGGCGCUCUACCCCAGCAUCUACCUGCCCAAGGAGCUCCGGCUGACAGACCAGGUUGGCAAGUUCGUCCGGCACCGUGUGGCCGAGGCGUUCCGGGUGCAGGGGCAGACGGGGACCAGCAGCCUUUCAGUCCUACCUUACGCCCGUAUCCAGUACGACUUCACGGAGGACUUCCUCUCGCAGGAGGACUUGGUCCACACCAUUGGGGAAAGUGCUUCUCAAGGUGCCUCGGGGGUUGUGCUGUGGGGCAACGAGGAUUACACUCACUCACGGGAGUCCUGCCUGGCACUGAAGGAGUACGUGGACAGGAGCCUGGGCCACUACAUCAUGAACGUGACCAGCAGUGCCACACUGUGCAGUCGCACGGUGUGCUCCAGCCACGGGCGCUGUGUGCGGCGGGCCGGGCACCCCGUCGCGUUCCUGCACCUCAGCCCCUCCAGCUUCACUGUCCGGAGGCACGGCAGCUGGCCCCGCCUCCACCUGCAGGGACAACUGGCAAAGCAGGAGCAAGCCAAGCUGGUGGAAGAAUUCAGCUGCCAGUGCUACACUGGCUGGGCAGGGACCCGGUGUGAACGUGAGGGCAACCCAGAGUGA